CGAACAUUCUGCACCUCAAAUACAGGAAGUAGAGUCAACAUCUCGCCACUGUCACAGAUAAACGAGGCUGCCGAAAGAGAACCAACUACAUUAGAAAGACUACAAUCAUGAAGAUUGCAUCUUAUAAUGUCAGACAUCUUGGGCCGAAGAAGCUGAAUGAUGAGGAUGUCAGAAAUUACCUCAUAAAAAUCGUAUCCUACUGCAGUAUAAUUGUGAUCCUGGAAGAGGUCAACAAAAAAGGUUACGGCAUGGCCAAUUUCCUGCAGGAACUGAAUAGCACAGGAGCCAAUAAGAAGUUUCCAUACAGCAUGACAAUGAGUUCCAACCUGGGCCAUGGAAACUAUAAGGAGCAAUUUGUCUCUAUAGGUAAGAAGGACCAAACUCGUCUGAUCGAAAUUUACCAUGAGGACAUCCAACAGGGCGGUGAGGAUGCCUUCUCAUAUGAGUGCUUCAUUCUGCAUUUCACUGCACCUAACACAAUUAAAAAUCCAAUGCUGACAGACUUUGUAUUAAUUCCUGUUCACACCAAACCUCACGACUCAGUCAAAGAGCUGGAUGAACUCUACGAUGUGUGCAUGGCUGUCAGAGAGAAGUGGAACAUUGAUAAUAUAAUGAUCCUGGGAGACUUUAAUGCAGAUGGGGCCUACAUCUCCAAGAGGAAAAUGAGGCAGAUCAGAAUCUGCACAGAUGAAGAAUUCCACUGGCUGAUAAACGAAAAAGUGGACACCACAGCCAGCCUGUCCAAUAGUUACACAUCUGACAGGAUUGUGGUUUACAAGGACAUGAUGAAAGCAGUGGUUCUGAAAUCUGCAAAACCCUUCAACUUCCACAAUGCCUACGGACAAUCAGAGGAAACAGCUCUGAAGAUCAGGGACCAUUACCCAGAGGAUGUGAGCCUGAAAAACAGGUCUGUAGUGAGGGCUCGAGGACAAAAAAGAACAAAAAAAGCAAAGCAAGAUGACAGGACAAUAUCGUUCGAUUUGCCCAUGGCCCUUGUUUUUGUUAUGUAUUCUAAAACUCUCCGUAUUGGCUCUAUGACCCUGGGCUCCUCUGACUACCACUCUCGAUUUGCCCUUAAUAAAUCUCGCUCUUCUCCUCACAUGCGACCUCCUCCUUACCGCUCACCGUUAUAA